AUGUCAGAACGUUUAUUUGCACUAUUAGAUUCAUCAUCAGUAAUUGUAAAUGGUGAAGGUUAUACGAAUGUUACCUUGGAUCAAAUGAAACCUAUUUGGGCCAGUGGUUUAGUGCUUUCGAAUACAAUAAUAUUUCUCAUUCUCUUUUCAGUUUACAUUUUUGUUCUUAUUGGAUUCAUCAUUAGAGUUACAAGAAAACUGAAACUAAAGAGAAACCAAACGAUACUGUUCAUUAUGACUGGUAUUUAUGUAACAGUUCAAAUAUUUAGUUUACUUGUAAGAGUUGUAAACGAAACCUUACAAUUAGUCAUCAGAGAAAAGAUUGAAGCAGGACAAUUAAUUGAAUGGAAAUUAUUUAUUGCCAUGCAAGUAUUUCUUGGUCUGAACAGUUUUACAAUGACAAGUAAUUUCUUGACACUGUUUUCAAUCAUUGUUUUCGUUCAAAACAUGUUGUAA